AUGGAAAACCUUCGCCUCCGCACACGAGUCCUCCUACUAGCGCUCACAAAUUUCCUCAUAUCAGAAGUGUAUUCAUCAGCCACAUUUACAAUAGUAAACAAGUGUGAGUACACAGUUUGGCCAGGCAUUUUAUCGAACGCCGGGAUUGCACCACUUCCUACCACCGGUUUUGCUCUGCAAAAGGGCGAGUCAAAAACCAUGGCGGCGCCGUCUUCGUGGGGUGGCCGCUUCUGGGGUAGGACACACUGCAGUGAGGACUCAGCAGGCAAUUUCUCUUGUGUUACAGGCGAUUGUGGUUCCGGGAAGUUGGAAUGCUCUGGCGGUGGAGCUUCUCCUCCGGCUACCCUGGCCGAAUUCAAAAUCGACGGAGACGGCGGCAAGGACUUCUAUGACGUCAGCCUUGUAGAUGGGUACAACAUUCCAAUGCUUGUAGUCCCCCAGGGUGGGUCAGGGGAUAACUGUACAACCACGGGAUGCGUGGUCGACAUGAACGGCGCGUGCCCCUCCGAACUCCGCGUGACGAGCGUGGGCGGUGAGAGAGUGGCUUGCAAGAGCGCGUGCGAGGCUUUCGGUAAAGAGCAGUUCUGCUGCAGCGGUGCGUAUGGUACACCCGAUAGCUGCAAGCCCUCGUCGUACUCGCAAAUGUUCAAGAAUGCGUGUCCACGAGCCUACAGCUAUGCUUACGAUGACAAGUCUAGUACCUUCACAUGCACCGGGGCCGAUUAUUUGAUAACGUUCUGCCCAUCCCCAAGUGCAAGUCAGAAAUCAUCAUCGGGUGAGGAAGACCCGGGAUCCGGAUCUGAGGAGAGCAACACUUCACCAUUGGACAACAGUUCAAUGGUGUACGAAGGAGCGAUGGAGUUGAGUGCAGCACCGUCGACGGGCAUGGACGUGGUUAAGCGGCAGGCGGUGGCCAGUGCUGUUGCCAUCACGGCAGCCAUGUGGCGACUGUGUUUGUGCGUCAGAUGUGGUCCAGCCCUUUCGUCUCAUGGGCCUUGUGAUGUUCAAGUGGCCUAUGAAUAUGGCCCAUGUGACGAGGAAAUGAGCCACCUUGAAAAGCAUAGAAAAAGGAUGAAGCGACAUAAAAUAGCUAGAAAGUUGAUACGCAUCACAAGAUAA